CUUGGUUUGUGGGCGGGGUGACAUAGAGUAUAUAAGAGAAGCGAAAGAAUAAUAUUAAGUACAGUGAUCUUGUUACUGAGGCGCCUCCGUCAUGAAGGCGUUGGCUGUAUUGGUAUUGUGCGCGGUGGCGGAGCAUGCUGCAGGAGGCGCGGUGGCGUGGCCGGGCGCUGCGGUGGCGUUGACAACUCCCCUGGUCAACGCCGUGGUGCAGCCUCACACUAAGGGCUUCGCUUACUCUACUACACAGUAUAUUAAUGCAUUACCGGCAUCAUAUACGUACGGAGUACGACCACAAUUCCCCUAUCAAGUUCCCGUAACGGCUUACGCCCCUUUGCCAGGAUUUCCGGCGUACUAUCCGGUGGGGACUGCUUCGUAUAUUCCACAAAGUAGUCUGAUUUAUCCUCAAAUACCACCUAUUGCAACGGGACAACCACAAGGACCAAUUUCUAGCGCUCCAACAGCUCCCAUUGCGCCAAUUGCACCAAUUGCGCCUAUUGCUCCGAGUAUACCGCAGCAGCCAAUUGUUCCACAACAGCCAAGUGUACCCCAACAACCCAGUGUUCCACAACAGCCGAACAACCCGCCAUCUCCUCCGGAACAAACGGCAGGUGAUGCGGAUACGACAGUAGUAGAGUCAGCGGAAUUCAUCAAUCAACAACAGGACCAACGAACAUCUAGCCCCGAUGGUCAACCACAGUCAUCGCCUACAAACAAUGUUUCAGAUCAACAACCCCAACCCCAAGUCCCAUCGUAUUUGCAAAACCCACAAAUUUCCCAGUUCGCGUCCUUCCCUCAAAUUCCUCAGUUACCCCAAGGCUUCCCGCAAUUCCCGCAAUUACCGCAGUUCCCGCAACUUCCAUCAUUACCUCAGUUCCCAGGCGCGCAAGAAGGUAUAUCAUUCCCACCGUUCACUCAACAACCAUCGGUCCCACAAACAUCGACUCAAGAUGACUCGUCUUCUCAAGAAUCUCCACAGCAAUCAACCCAAGCGGAACCCCCUUCCACAUCAGGAGAUUCAUCAUCUCCACAAUUCCCGCAACUGCCUUCUUUACCACAAUUCCCUCCCUCUCAAGGUGACUUACCACAAUUACCACAGCUACCGUCUCUUCCCCAAUUUCCUCCCUCACAAGGAGGUAUACCACAGUUCCCACAGUUUCCUCCUUCACAAGGGGGAUUGCCCCAAUUUCCGCAACUACCAAAUUUCCCUCAAUUCCCACCAAGCCAAGGAGGUUCCUUCCCUACUAAUUUCCCCUCUGCCGAUAACUCCAACAAAGGUAUAAACGACGAAGACACUAUUUCAGUUGAAUCUGCCAAAUAAAUUCUUGCAAACAACAUUUAAUUUGAUAGAAUUUAAGAGUGAAAAUAUUAUUAAGUAUUUAACCAUUAACAAAAACGUGAAGACUUAAGUACUAUGCUAAAACAUUCAUAGUUUUUUUCCAAAAGCGGUAAGGUGUAUUUACUUGAUACAUUGUUAUUAAAAGUAGAAACAAUUGUUUAAAGACUAAACAGAGGUAGUCUCUGUAGCACUAAGAUAAGAUAACUUUGCCUUGGAAAUAUUAAAACAUUUAAUUUAAA